AUGAUGUGGUCAGCUGGUACCUAUAUAGAGAUAGAUGUUGAUGCUUCAUGUAUUAAUGGUGGACCAUCAGAUCAAUGUAAAGAUGCCAAGUCAACAUGUGUACUGGUAACUGGUAACUACAAAUGUGCAUGCAACAGUGGAUAUUACAACAAUAUGGGCACUUGUACUAACAAGAUAAUUGUUGAUGCUUCAUGUAUUAAUGGUGGACCAUUAGAUCAAUGUAAAGAUGUCAUGUCAACAUGUAGUCAGGUUACUGGAGGUGGCUACCAAUGUACAUGUAAUAGUGGAUAUUACAACAAGGAUAGUGCUUGUACUAACAAGAUAAUUGUUGAUGCUUCAUGUAUUAAUGGUGGACCAUCAGAUCAAUGUAAAGAUUCCAAGUCAACAUGUAGUCAGGUUACUGGUAACUACAAAUGUACAUGUAACAGUGGAUAUUACAACAAUGGUGGAACUUGUACUAUCAAGGGAGACAAUAAUGGAGCAUGUACGAAUGGAAUAGAUGACAGCUGUUUGUAUUCAGAUUUGGUUUGUCAGUCUAACAACAUAUGUACCUGUGCUGAUGUAGCAACAUAUUACUGGGAUCCUGACAACAAAAGCUGUAAAUCAAAGAUAAAUGUUGAUGUAGUAUGUAUUAAUGGUGGUCCAUCAGAUCAAUGUAAAGAUGCCAUGUCAACAUGUGUACUGGUUUCUGGUAAUCACAAAUGUGCAUGUAACAGUGGAUAUUACAACAAGGGUGGAACUUGUACUAACAAAUAA